CGUGGCCACACUCUGAGCGUGUAGGAUGGUCAACUUCACUACUGAAUCAGACUCAAAAACUCCUUCUUGUUGUGACUUUCUGUCACAGCUCAGCAACGCUACCCUGUUUCUGAUAAUACGCACCUAUCGCUGCAGCCGUCUUUCUUUACGUUUGAUUUUUAAUAAGUUCUCGCGCUGAACCGAGCUCGUUUGCGUAAUAAUGCAUACCGCUGUCAGUUGCCAUAAAUCGGGCCACGAUGAUGACGCGUUUUGUUUUGCACCUCACCCGAAUCAUGAAAUAACAAAUGGCAGCUAAAAUGGGCUGCAGCUGGUCGAAAGUACGUGACGUUGGUGCGUUCCAACUAUCCAGUGAAGCCAGCCGGCCCCCUAUUUGACGUUGCUGAUUUUUGACCCUACGCGUACGUGCUAAUGGAUUGUGCCUCAGAUUCGAAAUCGCAUCCAAAGUGUACCAGCGAGCUAUAAAGCACACCGAAACACCCAACAGGUGCGUUUAGUUAUGGAACGAUUGAAAGACUGCGUUACACUCGGCUAGUUUGUCGCGGGAAGCAAUAAUCGUUCAUCGACCGAAGAUGGUGCACUGGGUCGUCGGAACGUUGACGCUACUGUUGGUCGCUAGCAUUAAGCUUGGUUGCAACGCGAACAGCAACGUCAUACUGAAGUCCUUCGACGAGAUGGUGCUAGAAUGUGCUGAGCUAAUGUCGAUCACACCGUCCAAACUGAGUGCAAUGCGAUCAGGAGUGUUGGUGAAAGAUACGGAGACGAAGUGUUUGUUAAGGUGCGUUGGAGUAAGUGGACGGUUUUGGAGUGAUUAUACGGGACUGCGGAAGGAAAUAUUGGCUCGCUAUUUUCUGCCGGAUGCAGCCGACACCCAGCACGUCAACCGUACGCAGAUCUGUCUGAACGAACUACCAACCUUACCGUUGGAUUCAAAGCUUUGCUGCAAUUUGGCGCUAGAGUCAUUUCUGUGCUUCUAUUACAACUAUGGAAAUUUACGUCAGAAUCGUAUAUUUGUGCCACUGGAUCAUCUGCAACUUCAGCACGUAACGGCCCGUUGCAUGGAGGUACAUCAACUCACAAAAGAUCUUCUGAUGAGCAUGGGCGAGGAUGAAAUGGAUUCAAACGGUAGCAUUCACUGUUUAGUACGUUGCAUUGGUAUCAAGACGGGCAUUUACAGUGAUCGCGCCGGCGUCAACAUGGAUCGGAUCUACGCACAGUAUGGUGACGGCUAUUGUGAAGCGGACUUUAAGACAAACGCUUCUGAGUGUAUCAAACGGCAGAGUGAACGCACUUAUGGCAAUACUUGCAAAAAGGCAUAUCAUUUACUUUACAAAUGUUUCGAAAACGUGCGCAACGUGAUUACGGAGUAUGAGUUACACGAUUCCGAUGAGCAAUAAGCGUUAGAAUUGGAAAAGAGCAUACCGAUACCAGUACAAUACAGCUAAUUGUCGAUAAAGCUUGUGGCAGCAUCGUAAUGGUUGUUAAAAUAUUUAGUUAUAAUUUUGUUCUCAAAUUGAUUGUAUUAAUCAUUGAAGCAGUUCAUGAAGUAUUUAAUUUAAUUUGCUUAUUUAAAGUUU